AUGCUUCAGAAGGUGAGAGAGCAGCCUUAUGUGACGUUUGUUGGUGUCCCGGGAUCUGGUAAAUCCGCCACAGCUCAGCACAUUGCUCUGAUACUGCAGAAGGAAGGAUACGAAGUGGUACCUGUGUCGGAUUUCAGAGAUCUCACUGAGUAUUGCGAUCCUCAAAAUCCUCAGGUUUUUGUUAUCAAUGAUGUGAUAGGUGUAUUAGGUGUACAAAAAGCAAAACUAGAAUCCUUUCUAGAGUAUGAGCAAAAACUUAUAAAACCGUCUUUUGAGAAAACAAAGGUUCUUUUGACAUGCAGAGAAACUCUUUUUAACCAGUUAAACAAAUCUUUCUUCACUAAUGAACAAAAUGUAAUUAAGCUUCACAGCUUGGAGAAUGAAUUGAGUGAGGAUGACCAAAGAAGUAUUCUUGAGAAACAUGGGUUAGAUAGAAACCUAUUGUCUUCUGCAUUGCUAACAGAAGCAUCGAGAAUGUUUCCUCUCUUGUGUAAAUUAUAUUCAAAUGAUCAAAAAUUCAGAAUCAACGGUGAGCGCUUUUUUAUUAGUCCCAUCCGAUGCAUUAUCGAGGACUUCGACAAGAUGCAACAAAUAAACGGUUUGUUUUAUGCAACGUUAGUGUUGUGCAUGUUACAUAACAACAUAUUGUCUGAAGAUAUUCUAAAGGAUGGAGAAAAUAAAUGUCUUCAGAAAAUGAAGUAUGCAGUGUUGGAAAGCUGCGAAGUUGAAUGUAGCACAGAUACAUUUAAGUUUGUAAAAGCAUUGUCAGCGAUGGAGGGGACAUACACAAAACGUAUUGGUACUACAUUCAUGUUUGUUCAUGAUUCCAUGUUUGAAAUAACUGCAUAUCAUUUUGGUAGACAGUUCCCGGAACUAAUUUUACAAUACAUGAAAAGUAGUUACCUUGCAAAUUAUGUGAAGCUUGAGGAAUAUAACUUUGAAAAUGAAAAUACUUUCCAUUCAAAAAGCAUUAACGUCAUUUAUGCACAAACUGGGAGUGGAAAAAACAGUUUGGAAGUAACGGAUGUUAGCUGCGAUGACAAAAAUGAAGUCGGAGAUGUUACAAAUUUGUUUAUUAAACUAUCUAAAAACCUGUAUUUAAUGUUUGCAGAAAGGUUGUACAGAGAUAUCGAAAAUAUGGAAUUGUAUGAUGUUUUUAUGAAUAAUGCAUUGAAAGACAAUCAGUUUUGUAAAGAUUUUAUUGCUGUUUUGGGGAAAAGAACGUACGCAGAAUUAAAAGAUGUAUUUCUUUCUAAACAAGAAAACGUAUCUAAAAUACUGGGAAACGAAAAACGUUAUCAUGAAAAUAAUGAGAAAUGGAACAAAAGAAUUGAGACACGUCAAGAAAAGCUUUUGGUAGAUACGCGAGGAGGACCAUUUUUUGUGCCAUCAACAUGCAAUGUGAGAGUGAUCAGCUGGGUAAUAUACUAUGGACAUCACCAAAUACUGAGAUACAUUUUAGAACAAACUGAACUUCACAGAGAAACACAGUCUGUGCUGUUCAAAGGUUUUUCUGUCGGUCAUGGGGGUUUUAGUGGAACGACAGAACAGGAAGCAAAUAUAGCAGAACAAACCCGCUUACUUGUUCUAAGUUGCUAUAGUGGUGAUAUUGAGUCUGUUAGAAUUUUACUCAAACAUGUUGAUUUAAACUCUUCUAUAAAUAGGACACCACAGCACAACAAUAAUUCAGGAUAUAUAUUUCCAAUGGAUACGCCACUGACUGCGGCAUGUUUAUUUGGUCUUAUCUCUGUAGUGAAAGAAUUGCUUGCGAUAGGGGCUGGUGUAGAUAUACCAGGUCAUAUUCAUACACCUCUGACAGCAGCGUGUCUUGGUGGGCAUUUGAGUGUUGUAAAAGAGCUAUGCAAAAGAGGUGCAAACGUCAAUUUACAUGGGAACCGGGGACAUCAAUUGCAGGUACAUAUCGGAAAUGGUGUUUAUAUUCUUGCGGACUUAGUGUUCCUCAAUUAUGAUAAGAAUUUGAACGAUUCUCAGUGUGUAUCACCUGAAGAAGCUUUUUUUUCCGACAAAGAUCCUCCUAUAACACCACUGAUAUCUGCAUGUCAAAAAGGUCAUUUGAUUGUGGUUAAAGAACUACUUGAAUGGGGGGCUGAUAUCCAUCCAAAAUUUGUAUUCAAAACUCCAUUAACUGUUGCUUGUGAAUAUGAACAUUUAAAUAUUGUGAAAGAACUGUUGAAGUUUGGAACAAAUGUGAACUUCAAUCCUUGGUAUACAAAUAUUAGGUCACCAUUUCAAUAUAGGACACCUUUAAUGGCUGCUUGUGAAAAAGGAAAUUUAGAAAUUGUUAGAGAACUAUUGAAUGCAAAUUCAAAUGUUAAUACAAUGUUUGCAGGAAAAACACCAUUGACUAUUGCAUGUUGGAAAGGAUCUGUUGGUGUUGUACGAGAAUUGCUCAGGAAAAGAGCUAAUGUCAAUGUACAUGGUAGAAGUAGCACUCCACUCAUAGCUUCCUGUACAAAAGGUCAUGUUGUUCUUGUAAGAGAACUUCUAAAUCAAGGAGCUGAAGUCAAUCAGGAAAUUGCUGAUGAAACGCCUUUGAUGGUUGCAUGUAGAAAUGACAGUACAAAUAUUUUAAAUCUGCUUCUUAAAAGUGGCGCUAACACCAACUUCCAGAAUAAGAGAGGCGAAACACCACUUCAUGUUGCAUUGAAAAACGAAAAACCAUGCCCACUUGUUUUAAAAAUGCUUCUUGAAAAUGGUGCUGAUUGUAUUCUUUGUAGGAAAGACGGACUAUCGCCAUUGUACAUUGCUUUGAUAGAAAAAAAUAUAAACCUUAUACGCCUGCAUGAGCGGCCAGAAAAGAAGAUAAAACAGAAAAUAAAUCUGCAUUUGUUUCAUAUCCUUGUAGAAAUUCGGCGUGUGGGCGUUAUCACAGAUAGUAAGGAUGAUGUAGUUCUUAAAAGGAAUAAAUUUUGGUGUUUAAAAGAGGACUGGCACUUUAACAUUAUCAAAUAUGCUGGUUGUGUUGAAUUUAAACAACUUCUUAAAUUUGGGCUAGAUUCGAAUCAAGACAUUUUAAUUUGGAGUAAAUUUGGUGAUAUAGACCUGAAACCUCUACUUUUUAAAGUAAUUGACGGCAGUAGGUUCCGAAAUAGUGCGAGUCGAAGCGAUGUCGUGAAUAUUCUUCUAAAAGCAGGCGCUGAUGUAAAUUUGAGAGCGAAGUACAAAGAAUAUACCUUUAUUGUAGACAAAAUUGGUGUAUCCGCCUUAGAAAGAACGAGACGAUUGAUUUGUCAAUGGAAAAACACCAACCUGGCGUUUGGUAUGGAGUUCAUACAACUAGGGGAUUUACAUUGCAUAAAGAAAGACAUAAAAAAACGUGUUAGAAGAUACUCUGUUUAA